CCUCCUUCCUCCGUUCUCCUUUCUUCCGUCGCUCUCCGGCGACAAUGACAACGGGUCUCUCCACGCUCGCCUCCCGCCCUCCAUCCCCUUACCCCACGCCUCCUCUCUCCUCCGCUCACCCUCUCCGAACCCAGCCCUCCUCCGCCCUCCAAUUCCCCUUCAGGCCCUCCCCCGCCGCUCCCCUGACCACCCACCGCCCCACCACCACCGCAGUCCACCCCGUCGCCGCCGUCGAGGCCCCCGAGAAGAUCGGGAAGCUCGGCGACGAGAUCUCCGGCCUCACCCUCGCGGAGGCCCGCGCCCUCGUGGACUACCUGCAGGACAAGCUGGGCGUGUCCGCGGCCGCCUUCGCCCCGGCGGCGGUGGCCGUGGCGCCGGGGGCCGGGGGAGACCCGGGAGGGGCGGCGGCGGUGGAGGAGAAGACGGAGUUCGACGUGGUGAUAGAGGAGGUGCCGAGCUCCGCGAGGAUAUCGGUGAUCAAGGCGGUGAGGGCGCAGACGAGCCUGGCGCUGAAGGAGGCGAAGGAGCUGAUCGAGGGGCUGCCGAAGAAGUUCAAGGAAGGGGUGUCCAAGGAGGAGGCGGAGGACGCGAAGAAGCAGCUCGAGGAGGCCGGAGCCAAGGUCGCCAUCGUUUAGCGGCGGAGCAUGGAGGUUCGGAGUACCCAAUUCGAGACUAUUGAUACAGAGACGAUAGGAAUUGAUGGGUCUUUAGGGUUGAAAUCGAAAUGUGAUCUGGGGGGUGGGUUUUUAGUGUAGUUAUAGAGGGGAGGAAAUGAUCGUUCGUUGGGGCUUGAGUUGUAUUUGCAUCUGUAACGAGGAAUUUCACUUCGUGCGAA